AUGGCCGAGUCAAAGAAAGUAGCACCCCCUCGGGAUGAAGAAGAGGAUGAUCAGCGAGAUUGGAAACAGCCUGAGGCUAUUGCGAAUGCUUUUGCCGGUGAGGAUGGGCCGCCAAAUCCAUGGGGCCGCGGCCACUUGCAGCUUUACUUGGCAUGUCUCUUGAUUUACCUGUGCUCUACGAUGAAUGGCUAUGAUGGCUCGCUGAUGGGCUCAAUCAACGUCAUACCGGAUUACCAUAAUUACUACGGCUUGGAAGAAGGCGGGACUUCUACUACAGGCCUGGUAUUUUCUAUAUGGAACAUUGGUCAAAUCGCAGGAGCUCUGUUUACCUGGCUCUGCGACUGGAGAGGGCGUAAGCGGACACUCCUGGUCAGCGCAUUCGGCGUCGUCUGCUCUGCCGUCUUUACGGCCUUGGCACCCACAUUGCCUGCUUUCAUCGGCGCUCGGUUCCUCAUCAGUUUCUUCUCAACCAUCACUUGUCUGGCUGCCCCAGUACUCCUAGUUGAGAUCGCUCCGCCGCUGCAUCGUGCCACCGUUGCGGGAGUUUACAAUACUCUAUACUACAUGGGAAGCAUUAUCGCCACAUUUGCCAUGUAUGGCGCCAAUCUUCACCUGCAUGGGAACGCGAAGUGGCGGCUUCCAUUAUGGUUGCAAAUACUGUGCCCGGGCAUAGUCUGCAUCGGGGGUUGGUUUCUUCCUGAGAGUCCUCGUUGGCUUGUCGCACAAGGACGGAUCGACCAAGCCCGUGAUUUCAUCGUGAAGUAUCAUGCAAACGGGGACGCUACGCACCCUAUUGUCGCUAUUGAAAUGCACGAGAUCGAACAAUCGCUUGUCGAAACGAGAGGGCGCUCAGCAUGGGCUUGCUUCGAUGUGCGUACGUUGUUCAAAUCCCGCGCUCGGCUGUAUCGAGUAAUGCUCGUGAUUUCCAUGGCGUGGUUUGGGCAGUUUUCUGGGAACAACGUGGCGAGUUAUUACCUGCCCAUGAUGAUUAAGAAUGUGGGAAUCAAGUCGACAAACAUGGCGCUAUUGCUAAAUGCCAUCUACGCAGUGACGGGAUGGGUAGCUGCAACCAUCGGAGCUCGUCUUCAUGACGUCGUCGGCCGGAGAAAGAUGUUUAUGGCUUCAUGCUUGGGAAUGUCUGUGUCGUUGGCCAUCAUGGCUGGAACAGCAGCAGAGUACGAGAGAUCUGGAAGCUCGGCAAGCAGUUCGGCCAGCAUCGCUUUCAUCUUCGUAUUCGGGGUUAUCUUUGCCGUCAGUUUCACUCCGAUGCAACCGAUAUAUCCCGCCGAAGUGCUCGCGAAUGAUAUGCGAGCAAAUGGGAUGAUGGUUUACAAGUUGACUGCUGGAUGUGCCAGCUUUGUCAACACUUUUGCAGCCCCUGUGGCAAUGGCCAACAUCAAAUACUGGUUCUACGUAUUCUUUGUCUUCUGGGACCUGUUUGAGUUCGUAUUUGUGUACUUCUUCUUUGUCGAGACCAAGGGCCGUACUCUUGAAGAGCUCGAUAGAGUGUUUGAGUCCAAGAACCCCCGGAAAACGAGCACUCGCAAAUUGUCGUCUUAG